AUGGCGACGGAGAACGCCAUCACCAAGGUGAACCCAUCCGAGCCCAAGCGCGCCAUGUUCCACUGCCAUUACUGCAGCAAGGACAUCAGCGCGGUGGUUCGGAUCAAGUGCGCGGUGUGCGCGGACUGCACGCUGUGCGUCGAGUGCUUCUCCGUCGGGGUGGAGCCCCACCCGCACGAAGCAUCGCACGCGUACCACGUCAUCGACAACCUCUCCUUCCCGCUGUUCACCAUGGACUGGGGCGCCGACGAAGAGAUCCUGCUGCUCGAGGCGAUCGAGAUUUACGGCCUCGGCAACUGGACCGAGGUUGCGGAGCAUGUGGGCACCAAGACCAAGCUCCAGUGCCACCAGCACUACUUCGACUGCUACGUCAACUCGGAGACUACCCCUCUGCCCGACAUGUCCAAGAUUCUGGGGCCCAAGUACACGAAGGAGGAGCCCAACGAGGAGCCCAAGGCGAAGAAGGUCAAGGCGGAGGAUGGCGACGCCGACGACGACGCGGCCGAGAGGGCGGACACGCUCGCGUCGUUCGCGCGGCCCGGGGACGAGCGGCAUUGGGGUAACGUGCCGGAGCUGACGGGAUACAACGUGAAGAGGAACGAGUUCGACCCGGAGUACGACAUCGAGGCGGAGCUCCCUCUGGCGGAGAUGGAGUUUCGAGACACCGACACCGAGCUGGACCGAAAGCUCAAGAUUCGCAUGCUCGAGAUCUACAACAAGAGGCUGGAGGAACGGAUCCGGCGUAAGGAGUUCAUCAUCGACCGCGGGUUGCUGAACGUCAAACGACAGCAGGCGCUGGAGCGCAAGCGCACGCCGCAGGAGCGGGACAUCCACGGCGCGGUGCGGGUGUUUGCCAGGUUUCUCGACCCCAACGAGUACGAGAUCAUGCUCGAGGGUUUCAUGGCGGAGAGCCGCAUCAGGAACCGAAUCGCGGAGCUGAAGGAGUACAGGCGCAACGGAAUCCACACACUGAGCGAAGGGGAAGUCUACGAUGCCGAGAAGCGUCAUCGCAUGGCCGAGAUUGCGCGCAUCAAGGCGAUUGAGUACCCCGGCAGGGGCGGGUCGAGGGCGAACAGGUACCUCGGCCGCGACGGGUUCGUGCAGGCGCCCGCGGGAGACGCCGCGCCCAAGGAGCUCCAAAAGCUGACCGGCAUCGCGGCGGGCGGCGGCGGGAGCGGUGCGCUGACUUCACUGGGCGGUACCGCGAGAAAGAAGGCGCCGCUGCCGCUGGAUCUCACGCACCUCCCCGGUGUGGAGCUGCUGAGCAAACGCGAGAAGGAGCUCUGCGUGGCAAACAGGCUGCUGCCGGUGCACUACCUGUCCAUUAAGGAGGCGCUGAUGCGCGCGAGCGCGAACGGUCAGGUGCUGAAGCGAUCGGAGGUGAGGCACAUGUUCAAGGUUGAGCCCAUCAAGGCUGUGAGGGUGUUUGAACUGCUGCUGCAACACGGAUGGGUGAAGGACCCGAACGAGACUGAAGGUUAG